AUGUCUUCGACGGACCAUUCGCCGCUGCCUUCCGCUAUGGAGGCCCGCAACCGUUGGGAGCAACUGGCCCAAAACAAUAAUAGCCAUCAAUUUUCGGAAAAUUCUGCUGCUCCAGAAAUUGUCUCCAGCAAUGUGGAUUCCGGAUCCCACUCUGCAGGAACCAGUGCACUAUCUGAAUCUAGGCGGGGUACUGAGAAACCGUCGAUCAGAGACAUGUCUGGUCUUACUCCUGUUGCCGGGAACUCGGGCAGCAGUCCUGUCAAGACCACCGCUAUUGCUAAGCUUAACACUACAAUUAAUACCCCGUCAAUACCAAGCGGCUCUUCCACACUACUACCGCCUCCAACCCGGCCACAGUCAGCACAACAUGGCCAUAGUCCCAGCGUGACUAUCAGGUCUAUCUCGGGUCCCCCAGUGGACCUAGCCUUAUCAACACCUUCUGCGUCAACUCUUUCUUCUACAUAUUCGUCAACAGUCUCGCUGCAAAGCUUGGCCGCUUCAAAACCCAAUAAGCCUCGGCCGAUUGUCGCUAAGAAGCCAGCGCAUUUAACCAUAAGUCAACGCCAACUUAGCGACUCUGGUAGUGGCGCAGCGGUAGCGGUUCCUGGAGCUGCUCGUAAUGUUACUACUGCUGUCCCAAGCCCACAAAAGCCUUUGAAGUCCUCGUCAGCAGUACAAACUUCUACACACGCACUAUCAACAUCGCCAACAAAACCACCGCCUGCCGCACUAGCCCGUCCUCUAAAUCCAUCGAUUACAUAUCCCUCUCCGCCUGCUUUGCCACCGCCACUUCCUAAACAGCAGAAGCAACAGCAGUAUCAAGUCCAGCCAGAUGAGGAAGACUCUGUUGAUGAGGUUACAACGGUUGUGUCGGUCACAAUAAAUCCAACCACGAACCGGCCAGUUUCCGGACCCGCACCGUCUCAGCAGACGCUUGCGCCCAAGUUUGAAACAUUAUCAAUAAAAACUGGAACUAAACCGCCGCCACCAAUAAAGGCACCUCCAGCUUUUGAUCCUACAGCUUUUCAGCCUCCACCGCCGUUGCCUCCAGCUCUUGAUAAUCGCAGCUCGUCGGUACCUCCGCCAGUUCUCCGCAAAUCCACGCCAACUGGUACUCAUCCAAAACAACAACAGCCUACCACGAGUCCGGCAACAUCCGCGCAACUAAAUAUCCCACGACCUCCCCCGUCACGGCCUGUUACGCCAGUCAAUCCGGCUUUUGCGCAGUCUACUCCACACAUCCCUUACCAAACAACCACUUCUAAUGUGUCAACUUCUCCUCCCCGCCGUCACCUUUCUGGUGGAGAUGUGUUGGAUCCCAAACAAGCCCCUCCAACACCAUCGUCUUCGAUGCCAGAUCCUUCAAUGUUUCCACCACCUCCCCGUCAUUUCACGCUGACGCAAGCAUCUCCUAACGAACAUACUCAUACCUCUAUUCAUGUACAUAAACGCGCAAUAUCCGCAUUUCAGUCUGACAAGCUCAUGCCACUCCCGCUCGGGUCAGGCCAUCACCAACACGCACCACCACCGCCUCCGCCCCCCACUCGCAAACUUCGGUCUUCGAGCUCACACGCAAAUCUCGAAGGCUACGUUAAUGGUUCAAGCCCGUCAACAUCACCAAUGGAGUUUAACGGUCAAGGAUACUUUGCACCGGUCCCUGCAAAAGUAUCUUCAACUCCAGCAUCACUUCCGGUUUCUUCUCCAACUCCAAUUUCAGUAACUUCUCCUCUCCCAGACCCAGCAUCGUUCCCCCCGCCUCCGCAGCGCGGGGAUUAUUUUUCUCAAUCGUCAGGGAUAGGAAGACGCAUUUCAGAUACCCCUGUUUCCCCUGGUGGGGUUCCAGCUCCAUCUUCAUUACAGUCUUUGGGAUCAACUAACACUUCAACAUCAAGCUUCACACUGGUACCUCCACCCCGUCGCACCACACUAGCAUCUACUACAAGUACCGGAAGUACUGCGCAUGAUGAUGACAGUGCUUACGACUCAGACGAUAACGGCCCCGCGGGCGUAUCCAGCCAAGAAACUGUUGAAUCUGUAGACUGGUCUCAGAGUAACCGACGCGCACCCAUUUUUGGCGGGCCAAUUCAUGAACUACCCAUAAAGGGUAAGGUGGAUGCUUUAGGGUUCUGUGGAACGAUUGCAUGCAUUUCAUCAUCCUCUGUCACAAAUGCCAUUGAUAUUUUAACUGGCGAACGCAUAUGGGGCAUUAGCCAUUCUGAAACGCGUGUCACAGCCAUUUGCUUCAAGCCAGCACAAGACCCUAACUUGCGUGGCCGUCUCGUGUGGCUCGGCACCCGCGACGGACACCUGUGGGAAGCAGACAUUUAUAAUUCCAGUGGUGACGUAACCCACAAGCGCACCAACGUACACAUGUCGCCUAUAGUAGGAAUCCAUGCUGUAGGUGAUACUAUCUGGACCAUUAGUGACGACGGCAAGAUUUGCGUCUGGGAAUCUUACAUUAAUGAUGUUCCCAAGGUAUACCGCAUGACGCCUUACUUUAAAGCGUUAUGUGUGGUGUCUCCUGGAGAUCAAGUGUGGAUCGGUCGGAACCGUCAAAUCACGGCAUAUCACCCGUCGCUUAGCCAAGGCGAUGCUUUCCAAGUAACAAACCGGCCAAUUCUGUGUCCAGCGCUGCCUUCAGGAAAGACUAGUGCUGGUUCAGACUUUACUUGUGCAGCAUACUUGAAAAAGUAUCCAGACUGGGUUUUUUUUGGGCACGAAGACGGGGUGAUUUCUGUAGUGUCUCGUUCGCGUGCGGCUGUUGUGGACUCUGUGACGUUGUGCGUUAAUAAAAUCAGUAGCUUGACUGGCGUGGGGACACACCUGUGGAUUGGCACAAGCGGAGGCACAAUGUACGUUGCUGAGAUUGGAUCCCGACCCUGGCGCAUUGUCAAGGAGUGGCGUGCACACGAUUCUUCAGUGCGAGGAAUUGUUUCUAAUGAAGCGUCCUUUUUUUCGUCACCUGAAAUGCGCCAUAUGCCAGUGGUGUCUUUUAGUGGAAGCAAUGAACAAGGUGUGUUGAUUUGGGAUGGUCUUCUUAAAGCUGACUGGAUUGAGAACGAUAUGCAAGAUCACGAUGCCGAGUUUUGCAGCUUUGACAAUAUGCGGUUGUUAUACAUGACUUGGAACGCUGGUGCGGCAAAGACUUCUGAUUUGGAUCGAACGACGCACGACCGGUUGUUUCUCAAUAAUGCAUUUAAUCGGGCCUGUGACCCGAAUGACGGUCCUGAGAUUAUCACAUUUGGAUUCCAAGAACUUGUUGAUUUAGAAAACAAGUCGUUAACUGCAAAAACAAUGUUUUCUAAGCGUAACAAGAAGGAACGGGACCAGAAGGUGGCCACCUCAACGCAUAUUUCUCCACAGUACAAGGACUGGCAGGACCGGCUCGGGUACGAGCUGGUGGAAUAUUUUGGAGAAAACUAUUCGCUUGUGCAUUCAAGCAACAUGGUUGGUUUGUUUACAUGUGUAUUCGUCAAGGCUCUUCACGCACAUCGACUACAUAGCAUUAAGAGUGGCAAGACAAAGACAGGACUGGGAGGAUUGCAUGGCAACAAGGGCGGUAUUGCUGUGCGGAUGAUGGUUGAUGACUCCACUAUAUGUUUAGUGAACUGUCAUUUGGCAGCCGGACAGAACCAUGUCAUGCACCGGAACCGUGACAUUGAGACGAUUUUGUACACACCAAUGCUAGGGACUGAUGAUAAUGCCAAGUACAAGGGUCGCGGAGUUUUUGUGAAUGGCGGUGACGGAACUAUGAUUUUAGACCACGAGUUUUGUUUUUUCGCCGGUGACAUGAACUACCGCAUCAACCUGCAUCGGCCCACGGCCAUUUCCAUGAUUGUGGAUGGGGACUUGACUCGCUUGCUGGAAUCGGACCAGCUACUGACACAACUGAAACGCAACCCAGGGCAUCGGUUACACGCGUUUCACGAACCUACAAUUACAUUUGCGCCAACAUACAAGUUUGACGUGGGCACAGACAAUUACGACACAAGUGAAAAGAAGCGUGUGCCAGCAUGGUGCGAUCGAAUUUACUACCGAAGCCGCAACGAUGAUCGUGUGGAGCCGUCGUGCUACAUAUCUCUGGCGGCACGUGUAUCUGACCAUAAACCUGUGCUGGGCAUGUAUAAGCUUAAAGUGAAGACAAUUGACUCCGCACGCAGAAAUGAUGUAUACCAGCAGAGUCUGGAUCGGUGGCAAAAACACUUGACGACAGUAGUUGAGGAGCUUGCCCAGUACUACUCAUAG